AUAAACAGAUCGAAUAGCGCUUAUCAGAUGACGACAAUUGUCAACAGAAAUGCUGCGCAAAAUUCCGGGAGUCGCUAUCAACAGAUAACAAGAAUAAUAAAUGGGGGGAUAUAAAAGCGUAUCCGAAUUUUAUUUGGUAGUCAUCUCUCGUAACCAUGGUCAACACUCUGGGCUGGCUCUUUCUAAUCACUCUUGCCAGUGGAUCCCUGGCGCAGUGGUCUCCGCAGCUGUUGGGUCCAACUGGUGGACUUUUACCGCAGCCUCCGCCUGCCCCCUUUGCUCCGGCGCCUACUCUAUCGCAGGAUCUGGAAGAAAUCCAGCGUUUGAUCCAGUUCAAGCCCUUGAACCAACUUAUUGAGCGCUAUCUAAUCAACGAUGCCCAGUUCCAGUCCUUCGUGAGAAUUAUCAACAGCAAUGUCGGAUUUACUGCCCGUUGGCGCCUACUUUCGCAGCCGGAACUCAUUAUCUUCCUUCAGUGGACGGACCAGCAGCUUAUGGCCUCGGGCGGUUCCUUUGAGGUGGAGGAGCAGAGGCUGAAAGUGAGUCUAUUGAAUCGAUUUCCAUACUGGUCUGGUACCGUCUUUGGCCUGCAAGGAUUUCUCAACGAGGCGCAGCUGUACUUUCCGCUUUAUGCGAUCCGAGCGCACACUAAUGCCAAGGCUCUGCAGCAGGGAAUAUUCGCCCAGUUCUGGUUAAGAUUACAGGGUUUAAGUGCGAUGUAUGAACGCUGGCUGACUUCAGUAGAAACAACACAGGUUCUUGCUGAACUUCAGAAGGCGGGAAUCAAUACGGUCCAGUUGGACGGCAUCAUCCGAGAGCUCUUCGGUUGGAAUGCUGUAAAUGCCACUGUAGAAUCGUCUACUGCUGCACCUGUAACUUCAGUUGCCCCAACCGUAAUCCCGGGUGCAGUUCUUCCCCCAGUUAACACUAUUCCUGUGGUUGUCUAGGUUGCCAUAAUACAGUGAUGGGAGUGCAACACAAUUAUUGGUAGGAUUCAAGAAAUAUAUAAAGGUACAACUAUAUUAAUACCCACAUCCUACUAAGAGAUGUACGCUAUUUUUUUAAAUAAAUUUGGGAUCAACGAUUA